AGAGAGUUGGAAGAUUGAUGAUGCGAGAGCGAGAGCAUGUAAAUUAUAUACUACACAGGUGUAUAUCAUCACCAGCAAUAUAUGAUGUCGCCAACAGAUCCAUCCCUCUGCUGCAGGACACCCAACUUGACGCUUUUACAGUUGUGAAGCAGGGAUACGGCAAACUACUGAAAAAUCGCAGGGGGGUGCACGCACCGUGCGGGAGUGCGCAGCGGUGCGGCAGGGGGUGCGCCAGGUGGCGUGGUGACGAAUAUCCUUGACCGAUACGCGGCGGUGCGGGAAAUGCGGUGCGGGAGGGGCAACAUCGGUAAUUUCACAGCAUAUUAAAGAGCCAUAAUUGAAGCCCCCGAUCUAGUCUCCUUCUCUCCGGCGAGCGGUGGAUGUUUCUUCUUCGCAUAAGGCUCGAUCUGCUCCGACUGCAAUGCAUAGGACCAUAGAAGUAAAUGCUACGAAUUGGAGAAGAAAACAAAAAAAGAAUCUGAUUUUGAUAUAGCGGUAAGGAAUUUUACCAAUCUCUCAAUAGAGAUGAAGAAACAGAAGAUUAAUCAGAAGGAGCUUACAAGUGUCAGUAGUGGAGAUAUUGUUAAUCUACAUGAGCUUUUGUUUACCAAAAACAGGGACUAUCUAAUCAAAUUCAAUGGGGACCAGGUGAAGGCUGAGCAGUUUGCUGACAAGGUUAUCGUUAUAUAUUUUGUGUUACUGCCACUUGUUGAUAAUAAUUCUGCUGAGCGGGUGGGGCUGAUCACAGAAAGAUUAAAGGAUGUAUACAACUUUCUACCACCUAACAAAGGUUUUGAGAUCGUUUUUGUGGCUGUUGAUGAUGAUGACACUAGCUUUGAAGAAGAAAUGUUAUUUGAUCCUUUACCUAAAACAGACCUUGAGAAUGAUUUUGAAGAGGUAUUUUCUUGCAUGCCCUGGACUGCCAUUCCAUUGUCUGAUAGAACAUCCAGGGAACUUCUGCAGAAAAGAUUUGGUUUUAGGGAUAACAACGGUAGCCUGUUUGUAAUUGAUUCAAAAGGGGUCGUUUUGCAAACAAUUGUCAUUUAUGAUUUUAUUCGAUAUGGAAGUCUAGGAUAUCCUUUCAGCAGUGAGAGGCUCGAAUCCCUGGAAUCUGAAUGCAAAGCAAUCGCUGCAGAACCCACAGUAGAAAAACUUCUGUCUUCCCCUGAACGAGACUAUGUCAUUGCGAAUAACGGGGACAAGGUACCUAUUCAUACACUUGAAGAUAAGGUGGUAGCUCUAUACUUCCACGCAGGCAACGUAACUGAAACUGAUAUGCUUACAGAAGAACUUAGGAAUGUAUAUGAAAACUUGGCUGAAAAAGAAGUUAAAUUUGAGGUUGUGCUUCUUUACCUUUGUGACACACCCAUUACUAUUGGAUUUAGAAAUGAAGAUUCAUUCUGGAGAACUUUUGGGACUAUGCCUUGGUUAGCUCUCCCUUAUAAAGACCCUAUCCUGAAGAAGUUGAAAAUAAUUUACGAGUAUCCUGAGGAUUAUAAUUAUGGUGAUGAUGAGGAGAUCUCCAAGCUUGUAAUUGUCGGUCCUCAUGGAGAAUUUUGUGAACCAUGUGGAGCCGACAUUUUGUUGAACUACAGAGUUCCAGGAUACCCCUUCACGCGUGAAAAAGCUCUCGAGUUAGAGACCGAAAGAAUAAAGAAAUUGAAGUUAGAGAUGAUUUUGGAGACGAACAAGGUCUUGACUAGAAAUGACGGAUCCAAGGUUUCGCUCUCUCAACUUGCUGGCAAGAGGAUUAUGCUCUUAUUUGGUCUAUUUGAAGAUGAGUUCCUAAACAUGUUGAAAGAAAGGUAUCUCUGUAUGAAGAGUACAGAUGGUGAAUUUGAAGUAAUCCACAUCUAUGUAUCUGACACUGAUGAUGUUGUAGACCUGCCGGCCUGGUUUGUGUAUCAUCUGCCAAAAGGCUUCCGCUAUGCUUCUGAUAUUAUACCUGCUGACUUUGAUAAACGAUACUUUAGACAAGAAGAGAUUUACGAUGUUGGAGAUACGAGAAGACUUCUUGCUUUUGAUCGAGAUGGAAUGAUCGUCAGAGACUCGGCUUUUCCGACGAUUAAAGAUAUGAAUUUCCCCUUCUACACCAGUGGGUUGGAAAAGGAAGCCUUACUAGAAUUAGAUUCUGUGUUCCAUUGGUACGAAUGGGAAGACACUGAGAGUUGGAACCGUGAGGCAGGGUAUAUUGGACCAAACCAGUCUUGCGGAUGAUCGGUUGGAUCCAUUUCCGACUUGGGCGUCAUUAGUUUUGAGUCAUGAUGGGUUGAAGCAUGCUGAUAUUUAUCAGAAAAUAAUAAAUUGAAGUGUUCUAUUAUUUUAUGUAUUAUUAGUUAUUUGAAGGAUGGAUUGGAUGCUGAAAAAUUAUGUCAAGUAAAAGUUUCUCACUAGACAUCAUUUUAUGCAUCAAACUUUCAAUGUCAAGUAAAAGUUUCUCACUUUGCAUCAUUUUAUGCAUCAAACUUUCAAUGUCAAGUAAAAGUUUCUCACUUUGCAUCAUUGUAUGCAUCAAACUUUCUAUGUCAGAACUAAUAAGCUAAGGAUAGUGUCAGAUCAAUUAUAAAAUGAUGAGCAUUUGUGUAAUAUUUGCUGAAUGAAUUCUACACCCUGUGGUCAUUUAGUGAACUUAAAAUAAAUCUAUCUAUUAUACGAGAACAUGUUUUUCUGUCCUGAGCAAAUUUAUUCAGGUAAGGAAAUCCCGGCCUAUUUACCAACCUAUCCUGUCCAACUGAUGCGUGCUCCUUCUUAGACCCAGUCUUCCAACAAACUAAUCCCUCCCACCAGGGGCUCCAUUCUUCUUCUACGAUCUGGCUAGAUGAGGUCGAUUCUAGUGAUUGGUUCAGGUAAGCUCGUUAUGAUGCCGGCAUCCUGCACUCCAGUAAAUUAUUAGAAGGUGAGGAAGCUUUCAAUCUCAUGUCUUUUUGUCCUCUCCCCAUACGUCUCCCCACAGGAGCCUGAUGAAGGUUUGGGAUUUCUGAGCAAAAAGAAAUUGACAUUUUUUAUUAUGAUUUACAAACUUGAAUUGAAUUCAUAGUUUGGUAAAAUUAUUAAUGUUCUUUUUUCUUUUCACUAAUUCAAUAUAUGUGUUUCCAAGCCUGAAAUUCUCGGGGUUGCGUAUGUUCUUUGGGUAUGUACUUGCAGAAAUUCAGAUAAAGAAACCAAAGCAUGAAUAAUUAAUAGAGAUUGUUGCUAAGUUGUACAUUUUUGUUUGGCCUGUUGAGGAACAUUUGCGUUCGUCAAGUUUUCUGUGGAGGACAUAUAUUUCAAAUAGCACUUGUAGUGUGUAAGUGUUUGUUAUACUGAUUGAAAUGACUUUUAAGAUUGCAAGUAUAAUUAGGCCAACAUACAGCAAUAUUUUUUUUUAUAAUUGUGUGUCUAAUAGAUCUCCUGAAUAUUAAACCGUAUACCUUAUUCUCGUAAAAAUUUGAAGCCAAACAGCAGGCUUUUAGGUAUAAAUUUGGGCAAUGACUGUCUUGGAUAUGUGUAUUUAGAUUCUUAUACAUGUCUGAAGUUAAUAAAGUUAUUAGAAGUUAUAUAUGAGAUAUAUAUCAACUGUUAGAUUAUCAACCUUUGUUUUUACAGAUAUAUAACUUAUUCAAAGGAGGAAGAAGCAGUUUGUUGCAUUCAGUCAGUGUAUACACAUUGGAGGGUAGACCAUUAAGAGCCUGUUUUGGAACCACAAAAUAUUCCCAUGCAUGUCUGAGGAGUGUGGUAUGGUCCUUAAUUUAAUUAAUUGUGAGUAAUUCGACUAUGGGGGCAUACUGUAAUGGAAGGGUAUAUAUUCGCGGACUAAUAUAUUUCUGAAUUAAAUUCUGACUGUAAGGCUAUUUUUGUUAGAUGGAAAAGAACUUGAUGGUUGAAUUACCAUACCACUAAAUUCAGUUCCACUACACAUUUACAAUGGUGUAAUAAUGUUUGUAAGCAUAGAGCACACGAUAGUUUAUGGAGUAUCUUGUGGUAGGUACGAGUGCUACAUAAUUUAAUUGGAUUUGUCAGAGUCGAAUAUUCAAGCUAUACUUUGUCCACUUAUGUUGUUUAACCAAUUAUUAUUUGUCGAAGUUGGGUCUUCGGUAUAUGUAGAUUCCUCAUUUUUCUGACUUUGCUAAUUACGGAAGAACUUUACAACUUUUACUCUAUUUGUAUACCUUGCACAGUGAUUUCUUUUGAUUUUUUUAGCUUUUACAUGAAUAUGACUCAGGUGUAUGUAUGUUAGACAGUUAAGAUUGGUGAAAUCCUUGCGCAAUUUAUGGAACUUCAGACCUUGGGUGACAGGAAUUUGCAGUUUGCUUUCUUAUUUCAGUUUACGAGAGUGUAUUAUCUUUUUUUGAUUGAUUUUAGGCAAAUAAUACGGGGACGAUGUCAAGCAAAAUGAAAAAGAAAGCAAAAUUGCAGCGUGUCAUUCGUAGCAUGAAAAAACAGCAGCUCCAGUCUUCAGAAAAGACUACAAGCUUCAGGUCAUAUUCACCUCUUAACCAUUUACAUGAUGCUCAGGGAUUUGUUGAAAAGCUGUAUUCUCGUCUCCAAACUGCUGACAAAUUUGAGUUCAGUCUUCCCAAGACAACUUUACUGCCCUGAAGCAGGUUUUGGAAAAUUAGAGAGAAGUGUUACAAAGUUGACAGAAAUAUUCCUUGUGCACUGUAAGAUAAAAGGAAAACCGGAUUCUGCAGAAACUGUUGUGUUGGUCGAUGGCUAUUUGACAAAGCGAGCCUGUUGCUGGUUUUCACGCUUAGUUGUUGUGGGAUAUUGUCCAUUUGGAGAACAGGAACAGGCAUUGCAAUAUUUUACUGAACUACCUCGGUUUCAUCACACGUGUGACUUUUUGAAAGGAUUAUUUGUUUUUAUAUAUAACCAGUCUUGUUUUGAUCUGAAUUUCACUGCUAAUAUAUUUUUCCCUGGUGAUUCUCAGGGUAAAUGUUGUGUUUCGUCUAGUUUCAACCGUUUCUGUUCCUAUGAACUUCACAAUAUGAACAUAAUCAAGAAUUUACCAGGCGUGGAUGCUCUCACUGCAUUUGCAUAUUUCUUUGAUGCUGAGUCCACAAGGAAGUACGUAAGUUCAAGAAGUUUGGCAGAGGAAUGACAAAUAAGCAGCUUACUUCUAGGUAGUAUGCUAGAUGUGGUAGAGGAGGUACAAUUAGCUCGGUUAGAACUUCGUAAUCUCAUUCAGUGUAUCUUCUGCUCUGAGUCAGGUAACUUCUGUACUUCUCCACUUGAAAGUUUCUUUUCGCAGGUGUGCUCUAAAUUUCGUUUGUUUCUUGCUUAGUCAGCCUAUGAGAAAGGAUGCCUUUCGUUUGUUUUUUUACCCCUGUUCUUUAAAAUCUCAAUUUUUUUUGUCUUGAAUAAGGAAACCUUUUUUUUAAAAAUAACUGCAGUAGUUAGUUUUUACUGGCUGGCACUGCCAAUCAAAGUGUGAGACUCACUUAUGGCCAAAUGCUUAGUUAAAGUUACUUUGUCCUUUGCUAGACUUUAAUGCUAAAUAUGAGAAUCUUUGUAUUGAGAUGAACUGAUGGUGCCUCAUGCCUGUGUCGCUUGAUGGAGCAUAGGAGCAUGCAUCGGUUGAAAUAUUGUAGUUAUUAAUUGUCCCUCUACUGUGCUAAUAUGGGGGGAUGAAUCUCUCGUGAAUCAAAGCAUAAUAAUCCUUCAUAUUUUUUCUAAUGUUAACCGUGUUUACAUGCAAUUGUAGUUAAUUUCCAUUUUGUGUGCAGUUGAACAGCUUGAUUUGCAGCUUUAUUUCCUUAAUCUUAAAAGUGGUAAAAGAGCAAUCUUUACUUUUGACUUGUCCUGUUUAAAAGAUGUUCCCGGGUGGUAAUAUUGGACCCGACACGAACUCGACCCAUAAAUACGAAUUCGGGUUGGAGUUUUUCAGGUUCGGGUCGAAUUCGGGUUGACCAAACUACUAGGAUAUAUACGUAUUUGAGAAGUCAUAAAAGUUGCAGAAAAUGAAAGUCCUGCCUAACGAUGGAAAGUCUCGAAAUUAAAAUUGAAUUUUUUAUUGGAAGGAAAGAUAUGCUAGAGAAUGAAAAGAUUGGUAGUGAUGGUAAAUAUCGACUAGGAGGAAGGAACGUAUCUCCUGUUUACAUAGAAAUGAUUGAAUUUGCUAUUAUAGAUGAUAGGUAGCUUUGUAUAUAAACUCUCUUUAGUCAUUGUAAUUCUAUAUACAUAUUUGAGUGAUUGCAAGUUGAAUUAGGUUAUCGUGAAGCUUUGUAUUUUGUACAUAGAGAGUUUGAGAGAGUUUGUGUAUUGAGUUUGUAAUUGCAAGAGUUGCAGGCGCAACUACUAAGGUUUUUGUACGCAUUUGUAAAGAAAGUUUGAACUUGUUCAUAUAUAUACAUACAGUUGUUUUCAUCA